AUGGCUAAUGUUCGUGACAGUGAUACAUCGUUGUGGUUGCACAAUAAACUUGGUACAUCGAACGAUUCAUGGACUGGUGGUUCAAUAUGUUCACAAUUGAAUGCAGAAGUGUUAAGAAAUAUUAAAGACUGUUUUCCAGAUUUACAAACACAAGUGAAAUUAAAAUUAUUGUUAAGUUUCUUUCACAUCCCGCGCAGAAAUGUUGAAGAGUGGCGAAUUGAAUUAGAAGAAAUAAUUGAAGUAGCUGGUUUAGAUUCAGAAUUAUGGGUUUCGAUGUUAGCUGAAGCAAUGAAAACAUUUCCAGCGACGGGAUCACUAAAUACUGAAAUAACGGAUGCUGAUGAAACAAGGCCUAUAUUUUCAGAUCUUGUAAAUGAAUUAAGAAAAUUAGUGAAACGGCAACCAGAAACUGGAAUGUUACCUUUAGAAUGUCAUUAUUUAAAUAAAUCAGCGGUGAUUUCUGUGGUUGGCGAACAACCAGCGCCUGUGAAACAUUUUGAUAUUAAAAAGAAACCGAAAUCAGUAUAUCUUAGGGCAGAAUUACUGCAAAAGGCAAGUGAUGCAGCAUCAAAUGUUAAAAAGUCAUCGGCUCCUGUAAUUCCUGUACGGUCUAGAGGCAUGCCACGUAAAAUGACUGAUACUACACCCUUAAAGGGAAUACCGAGUCGAAUGCCAAUGUCUGGUUUUCGAUCGCCUGCAUUAUCAAGUCCUGCAAUACCUGGUCGGCCACCAUUAUCUCGUACACCUGCAGGUCGUAAAGAUGGUGGUAUUAAGUUGUUGGACAUCACAGAACAACCAUUAGGAUAUGCGGCGGCUAAAAAACGGAAAAAGAUGCAAGAAGUCGAAGAUGCUGCAAAAAAAGCCUCAGAAGUUCAACAAACAAAUGUUGCUACAUCUGGUGCUUCGACCACCACACCUUCAGCUACUCCAGAUUAUGCGGUUGGUCUUACCACAACUCCAUCGUAUGCUCCGAGUACACCUCAACCUACGACAGUUACAACCCCUAUUUCUUCGACAUCAGUCGGAACAUGUACAGCAGCAAGCACUUCCACGGAUACAGCGACUACCACACUGCCGGCACCAUCUUAUGUACCACCUACACCCCAAACACCUAAAACAACAGUUACUGUGGCUACACCAGUCAUGCCGCAGCUUACACCACAACAUACUACAGUUCAGUUUAGUGAGUCUUCCAGUAGUAGUAAUAGUACGACGACCCCCGUUACUGUUACUACCUCAAUUGUUACACCAGCCAACCCACAACCGGCUGGAGCUACACCUGUACGACACGCGCAUGUCACACAAAUUCGAAUACAACCGCCACCUGCCACUAAUCCUCUACAAAGAAAGGGAUUAUCAUUAACGAGGGAACAAAUGUUAGAGGCUCAAGAUAUGUUUAGAACAGCAAAUAAAGUAACACGUCCAGAAAAAGCUUUAAUAUUAGGAUUUAUGGCUGGAUCACGGGAUAAUCCAUGUCCACAUUUAGGUAAUAUAGUAACGAUAAAAUUAUCAGAGAAUCAAGAGAAUGUUUUACAAGUUGAUAACACAUACUUAACAAUGAUGGUCGAAACACAUUUUCAAAUGAAUUACAACACCGGUGAAUGGAAACGUAUUAAAAAAUUCCGAAAAAUGGAACCUAUACAAAAUAAUCUAUCAGCACAAACUGCAACAGCAUUAACUUGAAAACAUUAUCAUCAAACAAAUUUGUUGCUGUUAAAAAUCUGAAUGGAAAAGUUAUGAGAGAAAAUUUUACAUGAUAGUAAAAAAAAACAAAUCGACCAAUUAUUUCUUCAUUUUUGUAAAAAAACGCAGCUCCCAUCGUAAGUUGUGUGAAAAUUCAGAGAUUAUUUA